CCGUCCACGGGCGAAAUUGGAGGACCGGCUGGGCCCGAACCCACCCGCUACGGUGAUUGGGAGAGGAAGGGACGGGUCUCCGACUUCUAGAUUCGAGCUUUAGGCUUUGAACUUUAUCGCAAGUGAAUUGCUUGUCGGGUUUUGCAAUGGCUAUGGUUUAUUUGACGCGGCGUGAGACUUUUUGUGCUAGUCACCGUCUCCAUAAUCCGGAAUUGAGCGAUGAAGAGAAUCGGGACAUAUUCGGCAAGUGCAAUCAUAUUCAUGGGCAUGGGCACAACUACGUGGUGGAAGUGACUGUGAGCGGGUCUAUCGACCCCAGAACUGGAAUGGUCAUGAAUCUGGUGGACCUCAAACACCUGAUUCACGAGUCGAUCAUGGCGCCCAUGGACCAUAAAAACCUGGACUUGGAUGUGGAGGAAUUUCGGGACGAGGGACGUAUCUCCACCACGGAAAACUUGUCCAUCGUAAUUUGGGAACGGAUCCAGCGAUUGAUGGGGUCGGUUCUCUCUUCUUCGUCUGUGCGAUUGUUCGAAGUCAAGAUUUGGGAGACGGAAAAAAAUAUUGUGGUCUACCGAGGCUAAUCAUAACCAUGUGAAACGUUUCUACUAGUUCAUGCUCGCAAUGUUAUCAAUACCCGGUCUACUUUAGUAAUUAAUAGUGGAAUAACCCCAAUAUGUCUAA